UUGUUUUCCUUAUUUAAUAGUUUAGCAUUUGUUUAGCUCUCUCUUCAUUUAUUUGUAGAUAAAGAAGCUUCAGUUAGUAGUACAGACAAUAUGCUAUUCAUAACACUGAAAGCAAAACAACACCCUGUUCUGCCUAGCGAUAGAGAUCCUGUAGGAAUAUUUCCCACGAGUGUCCUUAUUCCUUCUGAGGUACUAUACCCUGUUUUGAGGCGGUUCACAGGAGAGCUUGAACAACUUGUUGGUCACACCUUGAGUGUUAAGGCAGAAAAUGGUCGGCUACUUCUAAGUAUCUGUGGAUCUGGGCAUAGAAAGCAACUGUAUGGAGGAAAUGGUAUUCAGGUACAAGGACAACAGCCAGUUUCAGCAACUUAUGACUUGUACAAGGUGUGGUACCUGACAAGCAUGCUUAGAAGAGAGCCCGGCAGAGUUCUUGUGAACGUAGAUGCAGUGUUCAUGUGGAACACUAGAGAACAUAAGUUAUCCUUCCAGGUGAGGUCGGAAAGUGGAGAAGCAUUGGGAACUUUGAUCGUAUAUUAGGAUUUGCACUGGUUUCUGAAUUCAGUCAGGUACAUUGAUCCUUUUAAACAUCUCAUACUAGUUGCAAAAGGCCAAAACUAUUAAACUUGAAUUUGAAAUUUGGUGGAAAAAUAAUUCAUGUUGUGUGGUCCGUUUUUUUUUUUUGGUUAGUUCUGAUGCAUCUCUUUGAUUUUUCUGUUUGAAUUUAGCAAAGUAGACCACAUUUUAUUUUAAUUUUGCUAUUAUUGUUCUUAAGAAAUUAAGAGCCAUGUA